GCCUCUGUGUUGAGUAAGUGAAACAUGGUUGCAUGAAGACCAAUUUCUGCUCAUCGUUAUCACAUUUAUUUGGACUCUAAAUCACCAUGCUACUCCCUUCGUUACGGCUUGUGGCAUCGUGUGGAUGCCGGCAUGUUGUUCGAGGAUCUCAAAUUCAGAGGACCCACUUACGGCAGUGGAUCCCGAGGAGAGGUCAGACUACAUCCACCCUGGCUGUGGAGACGGGCACUGUUCAGACCGUGGCUGUGUCGGUACCUAACGCCGCAACUAAUCGCAUCGUUGGGAAAUGGCUGGUUGGAUGCAGUGGACUGGUAUUGGGGGCUGUGGUCCUAGGUGGAGUGACCAGGUUGACUGAGUCGGGUCUUUCGAUGGUGGACUGGCAUUUAGUAAAGGAGAUGAAGCCACCACAGUCACAAGCAGAGUGGGAAGCAGAGUUUGCCAAAUACCAGCAAUUCCCAGAGUUCAAAAUCAUGAACCAUGACAUGACGCUGACAGAGUUCAAGUUCAUCUUCUACAUGGAGUGGGGCCACCGCAUGUGGGGCCGGCUGGUGGGGCUGGCCUACAUUCUGCCCACCGUCUACUUCUGGAAGAAGGGCUACUUCACACGCUCCAUGAAGGGAAGGGUGGUGGGCCUCUGUGGAUUCGUCUUCUUCCAGGGCCUUCUGGGCUGGUACAUGGUGAAGAGUGGACUGGAGGAGAAGCCGGAGUCUCACGACAUCCCUCGCGUCAGCCAAUACCGCCUGGCCUCACACUUGGGUUCCGCCCUCCUGCUGUACUGCGCCAGCCUCUGGACCGGCCUCACUCUCAUGCUGACACCCAAUAAGUUUGUUGAAACGCAGGGUCUUACUAAGCUCCGGCGGUUCGCUAAAGGAACAGGGGGACUGGUGUUCGCCACAGCCCUCUCAGGGGCCUUUGUAGCAGGGCUGGAUGCCGGCCUGGUUUAUAACUCCUUUCCCAAGAUGGGGGAACGCUGGAUCCCAGAUGACCUCCUCGCCUUCUCCCCCGCCCUGAAGAACGUCUUCGAGAACCCCACCACCGUGCAGUUUGACCACAGGAUACUGGCCAUCAGUUCACUGGCGGCCAUCACGGGGCUCUACAUGUACUCCAGGACGCUGCGGCUGCCUCGCAGGGCCAAGAUCGCCAUCGGCUGCCUCACGGCCAUGGCCUACACACAGGUGGCGCUGGGCGUCAGUACUCUGCUGCUGUACGUGCCCACUCCCCUGGCAGCCACACACCAGUCGGGCUCCGUUGCGCUCCUCACCUUCGCCAUCUGGGUCCUCGCCGAGCUGCGCAAGGUUGCUAAGUAACCCCUCGGAGAGCCUUAACAACCAUCGCCGAGCUACAAGACUUUCUGUGUGGAGCGUUGUGUGGCGUGACGUGAGCCCUCGGGCACAUAUGGGACUGCUUUAAUUCUUUUAAGCCAAGUUGAACUCAUAGCUGAUUUGAAAAGCCAAAGGUGUCAAUCCGGUGUUCAUUAAGACUAAAAAAUCUUGCCACGCGCUUCCUUCGGCCAGCUCUGAAUAAGCUGGUUGUACUGUAAUGAGUACCCAAGACGGGUAAAUUAGCUGUUCAAGUGAAGGCACCUGUGUAUGGAAGGAAAAUGUGGCAGGUUUUAUUUUCACUUUAUGAACCUGUGAUUGACACCUUUGAUGAAGCAAGAGUUGCAAGGUUACUCCCCAGCUAACGACCACUUGAAGAUUCCUCCAUUUCCGACUCUUUAUUUCAAUUGGAUUAUGCGCACGCACACACACGCGCACUCACGCACGCGCACACACACACACAUACACACAC